AUGACAGACGAAGCCAUUCCAAAUGGAGGUGAUUACCUGGUGGAGGUCCAGGCUCAAGUUAUGAUCCGAGAUGAUUCCACAGGAGGCUGGGUACCGAUGGAGGGGGGUGGGGUCAGUCGUGUUGGAUUAAAACAUUUACGAGUGAAUAGUGGUGGUGGUGGGGAACCGAGGAAUGAUUAUUAUAUUAUUGGAAAACGCCUUACAGAUAGUGUCACUGUGUUAAACUGUUCGUUAAAAUCAGAUAUAGAAUAUUUUAAAGUGAACCCGAAAUUUCUCCAUUGGAAAACAGACGAUAAGAAGUUUGGGUUAACGUUUGAAAGUUCGUACGAUGCCAGAGCGUUUGAUAAGUCUAUGAAUAAAGCCGUGACGGAGCUAACAUUCAGUUAUUUAAACGGUUGUCCAUCAAGUAAUAUAGAUGAAGAUUCAGUAUUUCAGAUGAUCGAUCUUCCUCGGGGUCGAACAGGUAGUUCAUCACAGUCAGCGAGUACAACCUCCACGACAACAAGUAGUCCAGCACCACGUUCACCUACGUCCGUUAUACCUGGUUUAUCGGAGUCGUUCAGUUAUCAAUCACAGACUAAUCAUUUACAUCGUAUUCAUUAUAUCUCCCAACCUCCUCAUUCUCGCCGUGUCAACUCAUCCUUUCACAGUGUGAAAAGUGGUUCUCACAAAUCAGACAGCUUCGAAAGUAGUAGUGGAUUGGACGAUCCUUGGGUGCGUGGAGACGACCCCACCUCUCUCAGUGGCAAGUCUGACCAAGGGUUAUUAGACUUAGAGUUAAGUAAGGAAGACGCUUAUGUUUAUUUCGCUAAAAAUAAGCCCGGUGCUCCUCACGAGUAUAGUUAUCCCAGUCUGGAACCGACCCAAAAACCACCUACGAAACGCGAAUCUAGUUCAAAACGGCAAUGUCUAUCUCAGCCCCAUCCACCUGUUGCGUUGCCAAUCAACAAAAUGAAUAAAAAUGCAACUCAGAAUCUUCUUGGACAGCAGUCUGUCUGCAAACAUUGUAAUGAGAUGUUUUCAUUGGAUGAAAAUGUUCGCGGAAGUUGUGAGGACGCCCCAGACCGUGUCACAAAGUGCAUUGAGUGUGUCACAUGUGUUAUAUGUGCUCAUAGCUUAAACUAUCAUUGUCUAUCGGACGCAGACGGUGAAUAUCAUCAUCCCUGUCAGUGUGAUGGGAACGAUUCAUCAAACUGUAAGAAAUGGACGGCCAUGACUAUAUUGUCCUUCUUUCUACCAUGUUUGUGGUGCUAUUUUCCACUUACGGCCUGCCAUAGGUGUGGGGUGUCAUGUGGGCAUUGUGGAGCCAGGCACAAGGCCAUGUGA